AUGAAAGAGUGGGUGGAGAGGAACAAUUCAUCAUUACCCCUUCACCUUCACGUGCUUUCAUAUAUGUUUGUGUAAUGUAAAGAGGCGAGCAUCUAAGUAACUUGAUCCCCUCCCUCCCGCCCCACUCUCCAUAUCUCUUUUUAAUUUCAUCAAUCCCACAACUACCUUCCUCCUACUUAUAUAAUCCCCCUCUUCAUCAUCCCCGCAUAAUAUUAAUUCAUUUCAACAUAUUUACGAUCAUGUCGGAUUGGGGCCCCGUGUUUGUGAGUGUCUUACUCUUCGUAUUGCUCAGGACUGCUUUGCUUUUCCAGCUGCCGGGGCACCGCCGUUGGGUGGAAUUCGGGAAUUUCCACACCAGUGGGGCUGCCGUCAUGGUUCAUGCUUUGUUUUUCUUUGCUCUCAUUUGUGUUUUCAUGAUAGCAAUUAGAGUUCAUUUGUACCUUGGCUGAAUCUUACAGUCUUUUCCUUAAUUACGUAAUCAAUCAUGGAAUAUUAUUUGU